AACGAACAUUUAUUACAUUAUGUAAAUGUUUUGUUUAUAAAGUUUAUAGUGUACUGUGCCUUACAUGUGAUAUUUAAAUUUACUUAGUAAAAAUAAAAUGUUCCAACAACGAGUCUACAGAACUCUACGGAGUUCACUAAAUAUAAAACAUGAUAAAUUACAACAAUUAUUACGUCAUACACAUUCAAAUUAUAGUAUGAAUAUAAAAAAUGUACCAACUACGCCACAAUAUAUUGUACCAACAAAUCGUGAAUGCGUUGAAGUACAAAUACCCGCACAAUUUGGUUAUAUACGUGGUAAAUGGUGGGGACCAACUGAUAAAAGGCCCAUUUUAUGUUUACAUGGUUGGCAAGAUAAUUGUGGAACAUUCGAUCGUUUAAUACCAUAUUUACCACAAGAUGUUGGAUAUUUAGCAAUCGAUUCACCAGGACAUGGUUUAUCAUCAAAGAUUCCACAUGGAUUUUUCUACAGUCUAUAUGGUUAUGCAUUAUUCUUACGAAAAUUGGCUGGAAAUUAUGAAUGGAAAAAUUUAUCAUUAAUUGGACAUUCACUAGGCAGUAUACAAUCGUUCAUUUAUUCAGCAUUAUUUUCAUCCGAAGUUGAUUUAUAUGUUGCCAUCGAUAUUAUGGCACCUUUAAGUGAUGAUUAUUCGAGUGAUAUUAAAAAACUUUAUUCGCAACGUAUCGAUAAAUUGAUUCGCUACAUGAAUAUGCAAUACGCAGAACCACCAUCAUAUUCUUAUGAAGAAUGUGUGGAUAUCUAUGUUAAAGGAACAAGAGGAUCUGUGGAUGAAGUUGCUGCAAAAAUACUUUUAAAUCGUGGCCUUACACCAUCGAUUAAACACCCAGACAAAUAUUUCUUUUCACGUGAUUCGCGUGUGAAAGUUGGUAACAUACCAGCGUAUACACCCGAAGAAUGUUAUAAAUUAGCGGGAGGGAUUAAUAAUCCACUAUUAAUUAUAAAAGCGAAAAAUUCACCAUAUAUAAGUAACACGGAAUAUACAUUAAAUUUAUUAGAUAUCUUAAAGAAUACUGUAUCACCACAUUUAGAAUUUGUCGAACGUGCCGGCACACAUCAUUUACACUUGCUAGAACCACAAAAUGUGGCCGAUGAUAUUAGUAGCUUUAUAACCAAAUAUAAUACACAAGAUCGAUCACAACGAUCACAUAUUAUCGAUGAGAUAUUUGUUAGGAAAUAUCAUUGACAGUAAAUAAAUUAAUAUCUAUUUAAUCCAAUUUUUUUAACUUUUAAUAUAUUACAUAAAUGUACUUCUAUAUAUCCUUAUCGAAUUUAACACAAGCUGAACGUGAAAUUUAUAUGUUUAUCGUGAUAGUUAGUCGAAGUAAAAGUGAUCUGGAAACACACUUCAAUUUAAAAUUUUGUUUUUUAUUCGAUUAUGCAGUAUUUUAUUCGAUUAUAUAUAUCUCAGGCUACGGUGAGAUUUAAGGCACCUAAAGGUGUGUAAUAUCGAAAAUAUCAAUAACAAUUCGGUAGAUUCUACCCGCAAACACUUUUCUUUACGUCUAGAAUCUUAACAAGUUUAAAUGCCAAGAAGGCGAUCAGAAAAGUUUUGAUCAGAAUUUUGGAUUUUGGAUUCGAUUUACUUUCGAAAAAGAUUUUUAUCAGAAUAUAAAGCAAAGUAAAUAUUGUUGCAAAAAAUCCGUAUCUAUAUUUUACCUGUAAUCGUGGAAUGAUAAGGGAAAAUCAAGGAAUUUUGGGAGAUCAAUUUGAUCAUUCUCUUUAAUUCCAAUUUUCUAUUUAGAAGACUUAACGUAAAAAUUCCAUCAAUCGAUUUUUUCGUAAAAAAACAAAUCAAUGAAUACGCAUAAAACAUUGAUUUAAUUUUAAAUCUUAACAUUUAUCAGUCUCUCUUUUUAAUGGCCGUAAACUAUUUAAAAUAGAGAAAUUAAAAAUUGCGGGGAUCAGUAUUGAGGUACUGCAUACAUUCUCGGCCUACGACUCCCUCGGAGCUAAGGAAAAAUCGGUGGUCACCAUUCUACUUUCCUACAUAACAUUUCAAUUUAGGCAGCUUUGUAUUUUUUUAACUCAUGAUUAUUACAAAUUUUCUACACUAAUAAAGACACAAUAAUCCUAAUUUCAAACCGCUAUAUCUAACUGGGGCUACAUUCACUGCUAUUGUCCAAUAAACUAAUUACUGUUUAUUAAUUGUAUUA